AUGGUACCGGCCACCAGGCAAAUGACUAGCGGAGCUGCUUACUCGCAUUUUUUGGAUAAUGUAUUUUCACUUCCUCAAGGGCACCCAAUCCGACUUAGUUUCGAACAACAAGGGUAUAAUUCUGUUGAUGAUCUCCUCAGUAUUUUUGAGAACGAACUAGAUGCCCUUGGAUAUGUGCCUCCAGCGAGUCCUGACACCCAUGAAGACCCUCAGUGGACCCCAUUGCUCAUGGCGCACCGACAGAUCCUUCGUCAUUUCCUGCGUUGGCAGGCAUCACUUGAACGGCAAAAGGGAAGUCCUUUGGAAAAUUCGGAGCUUGUUGCAUUGACUAGUGGAGAUUUCAUUUUAUAUCGACGCUCAGCACUCGGACAAGUCUCUAAUGUUCCGGCCACCAUCAGUCCUUCUCUGAACAACCAGUUAAGUACGUCCACGAAAGCUCGAUCGGCAGUCGACGAAUUUAAGCGAGGAGUCAAGCGUGACAAGACCCACUAUCCUAUCCUUAAGGAUGACCGAUACUGGGACAAUUUCUACCGGUCUUUCGUGGUCACCGCGGUAUCCCAUAACGUCGAAAAGGUACUUGACCCAUCCUAUGCACCGACGGACCCCUCAGAGAAGUCUCUCUUUGAGGAACAGAAGAAAUUUGUGUACUCUGCUUUGGAACAUACACUUCAGACAGAUAUGGGGAAAAACCUUGUUCGCGAACAUAGUUUUGACUUCAAUGCCCAAGAAGUUUUCCGUAAGGUUGUCAAGCACUACACAGAGUCUGCCAGUGCCAAGAUUGGGAACGGCGGGGAAGGGUUCAUCCUUCACUGGAAGAACCAUCUUCGUAUCUACAAUGAUAUGGUCCCUAUGGCAGAGCAGUUGCCUAAACAGCUUUGCCUCAGUUUGCUUGAAAACGCUGUACACGACAUCCCUGAACUCCGCCAGGUCAAGAUCACCGCUACUUUAGACUUAGCUAAAGGAGGCACUCCCCUCAACUACGAAGGCUACCUGAGUCUAUUGCUUGCAUCUGCUUCUCUAUACGAUAAAGGGAACAACCUUUCCAAUUCUCGUAGUGUCAAGAGCAAGCGUAGCGCCUUUCUGACCGACCUCUCGUAUGAUCAACCGGACUUCACCGAAGACAAUGGAAUUGACUAUGAUAUUGAUCUCUCUCCUGCAGUGAUCUAUGAGGCCAAUGCUCACAACCGCAAAGUCAGUCCAUCUGGCCACCGUAAUCGCGAUCCGGCAACCAAUCGAGAGCGUCCGUAUAUCCCUCGCGAGAUGUGGAAUCAGCUUUCAGAUGAUGCCAAAGCCAUUCUCCAAGGCCUGUCCGCACCCGACAAAGGCCCUACUCGAUCCGGUGAUGUCUCGCAACGUGCGUUGGAAGCGAAUACCCACGCCAAGAUAUCGAACGGAAAUGGCGAGUUCAACCGUAGCGAACCAGACAACCAGCAAGCUGAAGCAUUCCAUGACUGUGAUCAAACGACGGAGCUCCUUGCACACUUGACUGACCGUGUGAGUCACAUGGGAGACGGCGAUAUCCGAAAAGUCCUUGCUACAUCCCGCCGUACACCAAUCAAUUGUACCCAGUCAUCGGACAAUCGACAACAGUCUGUUCAACUCAACGUUCUGGAAUAUCAAGUCUCUCGUCAUUCCGUUGAGAACAAAACUGCUGCUCUAGUCGAUCGAGGUGCCAACGGUGGACUUGCUGGCUGUGAUGUCAAAGUUGUGAACAAGACAGGACGGUCUGCUAGUAUAACGGGUAUCAACGAGCAUACCCUGUCAGAUUUGGAUAUUGUCACUGCCGCUGGGUUUGUUGAGUCUCACAAAGGCCCUAUCAUUGUGAUUAUGCACCAAUACGCCUAUCUUGGCAAGGGAAAGACCAUCCACUCCAGUGCCCAACUUGAGCAUUACCGAAACACAGUCGAAGACCGGUCUCGCAAUGUUGGAGGACAACAGCGGAUUGUUACCUUGGAUGAUUAUAUCAUUCCUCUUCAUGUUCGACAAGGCCUCCCGUAUAUGGAUAUGCGACAGCCUACCGAUAGCGAGUUCGAAUCUCUUCCGCAUGUUGUGUUGACUUCCGAUAUUGACUGGGACCCUUCUAUUCUAGACAAUGAAGUUGACAUGGUGAACAACUGGUACAAUGCAAUGCAAGAUCUUCCGGGCAAUGCCUAUGUUGAACCACGAUUUGACAACACAGGCCAAUACCUCCACCGCCAUAUAGCGUACUACAAUCUCGAUCGCGAGGACGCUAUUGAUUGCAUUAUCCAGUGUCGUAAGCACAAUGUCAAACGCAAUGAACGGGAUUAUGAAGCAUUACGUCCCUGCUUGGGAUGGGUAUCCGGUGACACUGUCCGAAAAACCAUCAUGGCUACGACACAGUACGCUCGCGAAGUCUACAAUGCACCGCUACGAAAGCACUUCAAAUCGCGAUUCCCGGCUCUAAAUGUGCAUCGGCGCAACGAGGCUGUUGCAACGGAUACUAUCUGGUCAGACACACCUGCUGUUGACAACGGAGCCAAGUUUGCACAACUGUUUGUGGGGAGACGUUCCUUAGUCACCGAUAUUUAUCCCAUGAAAACAGACAAGGAGUUCGUCAAUGCCCUUGAAGACAAUAUUCGCCAUCGUGGAGCUAUGGAUAAACUUCUGAGUGAUCGAGCCCAAGUUGAAAUCAGUAAGAAGGUUGCUGAUAUUACACGAGCCUACAACAUUGACCAAUGGCAAAGUGAACCUCAUCAUCAACAUCAAAAUUUUGCCGAACGCCGUAUUGCUACUAUUGAAGCUAAUACCAAUAAUGUUCUUAACAAAACCGGUGCUCCUGAUUCAACUUGGCUCUUGUGCAUUGCCUACAUCUGCUAUGUCUUCAACCAUUUGUCCCAUGAAUCUUUGCACGAUCGUACACCACUCGAAAUUCUUCUUGGUAGCACCCCUGAUAUCAGCGUACUUCUCCAGUUUCAUUUUUGGGAACCGGUGUACUACCGUCUCGAAGAUCCAUCUUUCCCUUCCGAUGGUACCGAAAAGAGCGGUCGCUUUGUUGGCAUUGCUGAAUCUGUUGGGGAUGCUCUCACUUACAAAAUCCUCACGGACGACACCAACAAGAUCUUAUACCGCUCCAGUGUGCGUUCCGCAUUGAAAUCCGGAGAAAUCAACCUACGCCUUACGCCACAGGAAGGGGAGAGUAAUUCUAAGCCUAUCAACUUUGUCAAGUCGCGUAGAACUGAAAACAAAAAUUCCUAUGCCUUAAAGGAUCUACCCGGUUUCACCCCUGAGGACCUUAUUGGACGCACAUCCCGACAAGCCCUCUGA